AUGUUUGGUGAAAUGGAACACAAGCAAGAGCAAGACAGUGGUAACCAGAACAAUAUGUCUGGUAAUGGUAUUGAUGUUAGUCUUAUAUCUCCUAAAGUUCCAAAAUCGGUUUCGCCAGUUUCUUCUGCGGCCGAGGGGGAAACAUUAAAGCGGCCUCGUGGCCGGCCGGCUGGAUCGAAAAACAAGCCAAAGCCGCCGAUUAUUGUCACGAGAGAUAGUGCUAAUGCACUGAAAGCUCAUGCGAUGGAAGUGAGUUCCGGGUGUGAUGUGAAUGAGAGCUUGUUGAACUUUGCAAGGAGAAAGCAACGCGGUCUUUGUAUACUUAAUGGCACUGGUUGUGUAACGAAUGUAACAUUGCGCCAACCAGCUUCUUCUGGUGCAAUUGUUACCCUUCAUGGUCGAUUUGAGAUUCUCUCGUUGUUGGGGUCGAUUCUUCCCCCGCCCGCACCCCCGGGAAUCACUGGCUUGACGAUUUACUUAGCAGGUGCUCAAGGACAAGUUGUUGGAGGUGCUGUAGUCGGUGCUUUGAUUGCUUCAGGACCUGUUGUCAUCAUGGCUGCAUCGUUCAUGCAUGCUACUUUCGAUCGUCUGCCGCUGGAAGACGAUGAACUUGCUGCUGCAAUGCAGAAUCAGCAUUACCAAAAUGGGCGCGCACAACAUCAUCUUGAUAUCUCUGACUUAUAUGCAAUGCCGCAGAACCUCCUCAUGAAUAGUGCAAUGCCUCCUGAGAUAUACUCUUGGGCGCCAGGGCGAAACUUGUCAAAAACCUGAAACUUAGGAUAGCUAUAAUGUCACUGUAUUCUUGUACAAGCAAGGGUAUAAGCAGGUUGACAUUGCUAAACAAGAUCAUGUGCUUAUUCUGUUGUAUUACUAUUAUCAAUUGAUUUAACAAAUUAAUAAGUGCUAUGAUUUGAAAAAACUUAAAAGGUCUAUUUUUUAGUUAGAUUGGAUAUCAUAUAUGCAGUAUUUGGUGUUAGAAAGCCAAAACAAAACAUGCAUGCAGCACAGAGUCAGACAUUCCUUCUUACUAGGCCAUUUGUUAAGCAUCCAUAUUAUAGAGAAAUGAGUAAAAUAUAAAACAUCAUUUAUAAAUAAGCAAAACCUACAUUCAAGUUUUCGCAAUUUGUCUUCAAAGUAACACAUACUUUAACAGUAAGAUAAUAAUGAAAUAGAAUUAUCUUUUUCAGUCAUCAGUGAGAACGGCAUCAAAUCCAAAUAACAAGAUGAACUUUCUUUUUCUUUGCAAAUCUAUAAGUUCUGGUAAAUCCAAAUGCUUCUAAGUAACUGUAUUAACAUGUGAAUUGGAUAUUUAGGUUGUGUGAUUCUAAUCUAUUAUAAAUC